AUGAGCACCUCUUCUACCAACGUUCCAUCGACCACGUCUGCUCCGCUCAUUCCAGACAAGAUUCUCCCCAAUCUGUACCUGUCAGACAUCCACACUGCUCGUGCAGUCCUCAGCCCGAACUAUCCUGCUCCCGGUCGGCCUGAGAUCCGCUAUGUCCUCUCUGUGAUUGACGGUCCAGACAAGCAGCCACAAGUGUCGCCUGGCCAUGAAGAAGACCAUGUUCUCCACUUGAUCAGCAUCCGUGACCAUGGCAACAUGGACCUCCUGGAAGUGCUGGACGAAGCACUCAACUUCAUCAAAGCCGGUCUGGCAAACAAUGACGGUGGAGUCCUUGUCCAUUGCCAAAAGGGAAUCUCUCGUUCCGCAUCCGUCAUCAUUGCUUUUGUCAUGGAGGACAUGAAUCUGGACUUCGACACAGCCUUGCGCUUUGUCCGCUCUUCCAGGGCCAAGGUCAAUCCAAAUGCGGGCUUCCAGAGGCAAUUGGAGUUGUGGCAACAGCUGGAAUACAGUCUCUACGAGGCUGAUGGGCAGCAGAAGGAGGAGUAUCAGAUCUGGAAGGCAAACAACGAGGAACAGAUCCGGAGCUUGGGUGAUGGCUGGAAGAAAUACCUCUCGCCGAAGGAGGCACAAGGCUGA